AUGUCUCGAACCACUCGAUCCUCUUCGAAAAAACCCUAUCGACCUGUACAGCAGCAGUUCUCCAGCUCAGAUGAGGAUAUUCCUUCUUACAAUGACGUUGGUGAGUCAAACUCAACAAAUUCCCAACUUUUUUCAACGGAAAUUCAAACAUUUCAAUAUUUCGAUUGCUGACUAAGUUACAGUAACUUGAAUAAAUUUCGAGCAAAACGACUGAUUUUCCGGAUUAACGAGCAAUAAUUUUUUUGUCGUGGGCGCCAAGGAAGGAGAAAAUGGGCGGCACAUUUAGACUAAGAAAGGCAUAAAGCAUAGUUCCGCAUAGAAAAUUGGCGCUCGACACUGUGUUCACCUUCAUUUUCGUUCAUUUUUUUCAUUUGCUAUUUGUUGGAUUUGAACGCUUUCCGAGAAGCUCGUGUUUUUCAAGAAUUUAAAAUUUUUUUUGUAUUGUUUUUUUCAUUUUUUUCUCAAAGAAUUUAUUGAAAAAAAGAUUAUUUCAAUCAUUUUUUUCACUAGCGUGGAAAGCUUAAAAAAACAUCAAAUAUUUCUAAACCACCCGCUAAACUUUUCGUAUAAAGAUUGAUAGAAAAACAGUUAUCCUGUGUAUAGCGCAAUCGUCCUCCUCAAGCGGAUUCUUCCCUCCGCUCAGCGCCAAAGCCGUUUCUUGGAUCGACAUGGACGAGUACACGAUUUUGCCAAGCCCCGACGAGGCGCCCUUUGACCUCAGCGACGACGAAUUCGCCACGGCAGCCGCCAGCCGCAAAAGAGUUGCUCGACGCCUACUCGCGCGACAGCAGCAACAGCAGCAGCAGCAAAAAGGACUGCGCCCAACUUCUCACUCAAUGUAUGACAUUGACCGCGACCGGGACUUCGAUUUCGACAUGAGGUUUUCAUGAAACUAUCUCGGAUCUUAAUUGCUGAUCUCUAUUUCCACUUCAGUAGCUUUUUUGUUCUUUGUUCUCUUUCUCUUUGAUUGGAGUCAAUGCUCACCAACAUUAAUUUCAAUCGGAAUCGAACGAUAAAAACAAACGAAAGAACGUUAAAUUGUGCGGAAACUUGGAAAAAGGGGCUCAUAAAACAGGACAGAAAAACUUGAAUGCGUGAAGAAAAAUGGGAAAAAUUAACGACCUCAAAAGAGAAUUCUAGCCUUUCAAGAACUUGGAAAACGACGACUUCACCAUUUUGUAUCCUCCCGGUUCUCUAACUCUUUUUUUUUCAUUUUUGAGCUCUUCUUUUUUCAAAGCCUGAUGUUCAGCUCUGACGCACCGUCACCGCGUGCAGAGGCUUCUGAGGUGAUGGCUUCUCCGCCGGAUCCCGAUAUCAAGGUUUUUUUUAAAAUUUUUCAGAAGUUAAAAAUUACAAAAAAAAAGUGAAAAAGAGCAUAAUGGACAUGACGAAUGAUUUCAGAGGUACUGGGAUAAUAGUCUAGACAUCAACGACCUCAGUGGACAUGACUUCACCGUCUUCAAACAUUUGCAAGGAAUGUUAGGAAUUGAAGUAGGUUAAAGAUGUACGGAAGAAUGAAAGUAUUUUGAUUUCAGAACAUUUCUUUUGAUACCUUGUCUCGUUUCAACAUCCGCGGGCAUACGGAUUCUUAUGGUCAGCCGGCCAUUUUGUUCCCGCGAUAUCGCGGCAUGACUUCUCGUCUGCGUGUUCCGAUGGGGCUGAAGCUGAUCCGAAAAGUCGGCGAUCGCAUGGAAAAAGAGAACUACCCACUUCCUGAUGAAACCUCGUCAGUUUUAUAACUCAAUUCUCAAUUCGAACGGUUGUUCAGUCAUUUCGAUAGCAAACAAGAAAUUUUCCAGUGUGCGCCAAAAGUUCAGCGGUGUCUUUGGUCUUCAUAUGGGCACUUUGUCUGACCGCGCGGUAGUUCUGACAACAAAUGAACGCGACGCGAUGGCGAUCUACGAGGCGACAAAGGCACUCGUCUACGCUUUGCCGCAUGGCGAGCAUCUGGAUCCUUUGGUCCUUCCUUAUUUGGAAGACUUUGACAAGAUCUACCUCUGGUUUCCUGCUCAACACGUCGCAUUUGCCAAAGACUGGGGAUCUGCUCUGAACGCUCCUCGCUGUUUCCUGGUCAAGUUGGUUUUUUUUUAUUGUAUAAAGACCGAGAUAAAAAGGCGGAAAAACGGCAAUUUGAAUACCAUUAAGCGUGAUUUGUCUACAUUACUCAAAAUAACUUGAAUUUUUUAGAAAUGAAGAAAGACCAAUUGAACUGGUACGCAAUGGAGAUCAGCGGAUGAUCCGCAGUGCUUUAAGCAACUCGGUUAGCUCGCAAAAAAUGGAACUUCAUAGAAAAUAUCCAUAACUCAGGUGGUCCGAAUGCGUGAAAAAGGCUUCCGCUCUCUCACCGAUUUGGACAUUCGUGAAGGAGUUCGCGCUGAUCUGAUCAACAGUUCGAAUCGCGUCAUAGGCUUCGCUCAGGUCUGCUAGGAAUCCGAAUAGAAUUGCAUGAAGAAGUCGUCUAAAUGUCAGAACAAAAAAUUUCUCGUGGUUUUUCGGUAAGAAAUCUGAUAAGAAUAUUUUUAAGUGGAAGCGGUUUGGUGUUCUCAACAAGUAUCUUGGAGGCCUCCGACCUGGAGAACUGACAGUUCUGACUGGAGGCACAGGAAACGGAAAAACCACGUUCCUAUGCGAGUAUUCUCUGGAUCUCUUCACUCAAGGGGUUCGUUUGCGAAACUAAUUUUUGUCGUUCUUGUUAAAAAAUUUUUUGUAAGUGUGCUGUAAAAGUAUAAAAACAGUGACAGCAUUUUCUUUCAUUUUGUUAUUCGAAAAUUAAUCCUUUUAGCGUAUGAAGUUCAAUCAAAAUAUACUGAACGAGUCGAAAAUGAAUCUUGAAUUUUUUGCAUAAAUUUAUUCAAGCUUUCAAAUUUUCAGGUGCGGACACUUUUUUGCAGUUUUGAGAUGCCAGAAAAGAAGAUUCUACACUGGAUGUUGGUUCAAUAUGCUGGGUAAGCCUUUUUUCUCCUUUCGUUAAGUUCUCAAAAAAUUUUUAGUUCAAAACAUGAAACCAUUCUCGAAAUUGAAGUAAUGCAUGGGAUGAAUUCAGUUAGAAAUAAAGUUCAUGAAAAAAAUUUCAAGCUCACAGAGAAGCUGUAUUUCAUUGAGUUUGAAGUCAAAAUUGAAAUGAUUUUUGCUAAACUACAGUCCAUCGCAUCUGCGAAGCCUCGCGCGCACCAAUUCUUAUAGAAACGGCAUCAAGUAAGCCUGUUAUUCAAUUUGCUUCUAGUUUUUGUCUGUCACACUGUGUCUUGUUCUAGAAGCUCAAUUCACCGCACCUGCUCUGAAAUUGAUUCAAUAUCAGAGUUUCUCAACGCACACAUGUUUUUUCGAUAAUUUGAAAUGGUAUCCUGAGAAAUUCCAACAAAAGAGAGACUUCUCUUCUCCCAUUUCUUUAGAGUCACUAUUAAGGCAGCAGACAGUAGUGUUUUAAAAUUCGCCUUCGUCAAUUAAUAGGGCGAUCAGAGAAUAAAAAGUUCUAUUACUUAUUACUUUUGACAGCUUGAUCCGCCUGAUUGCGGCAUAUCAAUCUGAGCAAGAAGCGACCGGAGGCUACUCUCAUUUUUAUGCUCCUGACUCACACUGGUUUCCGCCAGACGACCAGACAGAUCCCUUGAAGUCCGGGGCGGCAAAAAGAGAAUUCAAAGUUUUCAAUGUUUUUUUGGCAGUCAAAAAACGACAUCUCUUCGUGUCAAGCUGUGUAACAUGGAAUAGAUUUGUCCUAACUUUUCGAGCUUCACGUCCUCAGAAAAUUCCCAAACUUGUGAUAAAAAGAAACACUCUGAGAUAUGUUUAAAAAAUGAGACCAGCUUCAUAAUUUAUCACAUGAUGUACCGAAAUAGAAAUUAAAAAAAGAUGAACUGUACAUUUCGAUCACUUUUCUGCACUGCAUUCGAAUUGACACCCCAUUUGUGCGCGAGGGCUUCGUGUGCUUUGACAUAAUCGCUUACUGUAACUUGUCACAUUCGCGCAUUCCAACAUAGCUUCACAAGACCGGCUAUUUUUAGUUUUUCGCUUUUUUGCAGGUUGCCGCUGCAUCGUGUCGAGUACAGCAACGCGAUAAACUCCUGGUUGGAUCGUUUUGAAAGGAGCAGCGCUGCCCUGACAAUGAUGGAUUCGGAGGAGUUCUGCGAUAAGACUGUCAAUGAGAUAGCUCGCGUAAGAUCUACUUGAAUAAUCUAUCGCAAAAGUUGGGCUCAAAACUACUAAUAUUUAUAAUGACAUUCUGCUUCCAUUUUAAAAUUGAGCGUUUAGGCUAUUCGACACCACGUUGAGAACAGUGGAAUCCAGCACAUUGUUAUCGACAACCUCCAAUUUUUGAUCAACCAAGGGGUCAUGACGGAUGAAAAGUCCAGCGGACUCGAUCGCUUCCACUUACAAGUGAGUUGCUUCUUUCAUUGUAGAGAUCCAGAUGAAAAUGGAAAAUGAUCUCAGGACCGUUUUGUGGGUCACAUGCGUCAACUUGCCUCGCAGUCCCAGGUCCACGUCACCAUGGUGGUUCAUCCGAGAAAAACUGACGUUUAACCUUCAGAAAUUUCUCUGAUUAAACAUUUCAAUGCAGGGUGACGCUGAGAUAGACGUUCAACACUUUGGAGGUUCUGCCAGAGUCACUCAAGAAGCUGACAACGUCCUGGCCAUCCAGAGGAAGCGGGAUGAUCGCGAUCGAUCCAAGUUCCGCAAGUUCCUUUAUGUGGGUUUUGAAUCUUAAGCAUUUUUUGAAUUUUUCAGAAAUUGUCCAGUUUGUCUUCAAAGUAGAUGUUUGGCAAAUAAGUUGUCAAUGUCAAUUUUGGCGCCAAUUCAAAAAUUGUUGGAACUCUUAAGUUUGUUGGACCACUUGAUUGAUAAUCUAGUCGAUUAACGUCAAUUUAAAUUUUAUUGAAUGCGUUCUUUCAAAAAAUAUAUGCAAGAUACAUGAAAAUUCAAAAUUUCUCACAAAUAUGGCUUACCUUGUUACCAAUUUUUGAUCAAAAAAAAAUUUUGAAAAACCCCUUAGAUCUUGAAAAACCGCUACUUCGGCCGUCGAGUGGAGACCGACACUUUGGAAAUGAUCUUCAACCCGUCAACCUACACGCAUACAAUUGCAGAAUAUCCCAAGUAA